AUGGAAAUAUUUUUUCCAAGAUUCAAAGACAGGAUUUUUGGCGAUUAAUUUCACACUUUUUCAAAUUUUAGAAGAAUUUCUUAUAUUACCAUCAUAGUAGAACUCAUAAGAUAGCCUCAAGCAUAAACCUUUUUACUUUAUAUGCAGUCAGUUUUCUAUUUACAACAUUUAAUUUACUUCAGACCUCUAAAAUCAUAUAUAGAUUUAAUUAAAUUAUGUAGGUAAGGUUUAUUUUCGAUAAUCACAGGUUCAUUUUAGUUUACAUUUUAGAAUUAAGUGAGGAUUAAUUGA